UACCCCGAUAACCACCAAGUACUUUUCGGCAGUCAACCGAGCUUCCGGUUUUCAGCGGAAGUGUUCAGAAUUUACCCGUGAUUCCGUGCGUAUAUGACGUCUGAGAGGAAAACACACGAAAAAGGAGCCACAGCGGAAAGUAGUUGGUUUUUGAGUACAUUUUCUAACCCUCUAUGAACUAGUUUGAAAAGAUUCAUGUACUCUAACCAUCAUAACGGGCAUAUAAACCAAAGCUAUAGUCAUUCGAGGAAUAAUUCGCGCAGUAGAUUUGAGCUACAGAAUUUCAACACAAACGUCGACCAAGCGUUGAUAAACAAAAAACUCCCUAAAGAGCUUAUCCUGAGGAUAUUCUCUUUUUUAGAUGUAGUUACAUUGUGUCGCUGUGCACAAGUAUCUAAGCUAUGGAAUGUCCUGGCUUUAGAUGGCAGCAACUGGCAAAGGGUUAAUCUAUUUGCCUUUCAAAGAGAUAUAGAGGAAAGUGUUGUUCAGAAUCUUUCAAAAAGAUGUGGAGGUUUUCUGAAACAACUAAGUCUUCAAGGCUGCAAAAGCAUAGGCGACCAUGCAUUGAAAAUAUUUUCUCAAAAUUGUAAAAACAUUGAAGAGCUUAUUCUAGAAAAUUGUAAAAGAAUCACUGAUAGUACCUGCAAAAGUCUUAGUUCAAAUUGUCAAAGACUACAAAAGCUUGACAUCUCAUCCUGCAGCCAAAUCUCUGAUAACUCAUUAGACUCUCUGAGUCGAGGAUGCUCCAAACUUCGUCAUUUAAAUAUCUCAUGGUGUUCUCAAAUUACAAAUUAUGGAAUUAAACUAUUAUCUCAGGGUUGUACACAGCUUUUGACGUUCAAUGCAAAAGGAUGUAUAUUGCUAACAGAUGACAGUCUACUUCAUUUAACAAGAAGUUGUACAAGCUUACAAAACAUCAACUUACAUAGCUGUGAUAAUAUAAAAGAUACAGGAAUCCAACAUAUCACCAACUAUUGCAGAGAUCUAAGAUUUCUAUGUAUAUCUAACUGUAAGCAGCUGACAGAUCAUUCCUUACAGUAUCUUGGUCAAGGAUGUCCAGAACUCAGGACUCUGGAAGCUGCACAGUGUAUAGAAUUUACUGAUGCUGGCUUUCAAGCUUUAUGUAGGGGCUGUAAUAAUUUGCAAAGAAUGGACCUUGAGGAGUGUACUAGGAUAACUGAUUCUACUUUAAUUCAUCUGUCUCUCUGGUGUAGUGGAUUACAGAAACUGAGUCUGUCACACUGUGAACUAAUCACAGAUGAAGGGAUUCACCAACUAGGUGCCAGUCCCUGUGCUACUGAUCAUCUUGAAUAUCUGGAACUGGACAACUGCCCGUUGAUUACAGAUAAUGCCUUAGAUUACCUCCUACAAUGCCAGAGGUUAAGAAGAAUAGAACUGUAUGAUUGUCAGUUGAUAACCAAAGCAGGAAUACGAAAGUUCCAGAUGGCAUUACCAAAUGUCAAGGUACAGGCAUACUUUGCACCUAUCACCCCAACUCCCAGCGUGGACGGAGGACGUACAAGAAUGUGUCGUUGCUGUACGGUACUAUAACGUUACUAAUCCGCCGUUCAGCGGCAGAGUUACCAUGGAAACAUGUGAAAAGUUUAGGCUAUUCUUUUCAAAGGACUU